AGGAACACGGACAGAGGAAAACGGACAAAUUCUCAGGAUGUUGGGAAGAAGGACCGUCUCUUUUCCCCACCUUGCCACCCUGACGCGCAAACCCAUUCUUGUGACUACAAUUCCCAGCGGGCUGUGCGCUAGAGGGCGAGCGGAUUCUUCUGCCGGAAGUCCGCUCUAGCCCUGGAUCCCCCAACACCUUGCAGAGCGGGAGCCGCCCAGUCGCCGCGGGACCGGGGCAGCUGGGGUCCGGACGGGGGUCGCCAUGUUCCGGAACUUCAAGAUCAUUUACCGACGCUACGCCGGCCUCUACUUCUGCAUCUGCGUGGACGUCAACGACAACAACCUGGCCUACCUGGAGGCCAUCCACAACUUCGUGGAGGUCCUAAACGAAUAUUUCCACAACGUCUGUGAACUGGACCUGGUGUUCAAUUUUUACAAGGUUUACACAGUCGUGGACGAGAUGUUCCUGGCCGGCGAGAUCCGCGAGACCAGCCAGACGAAGGUGCUGAAACAGCUGCUGAUGCUCCAGUCCCUGGAGUGAGCGGCGGCCCCUGCGCCCCGGCCUCCCAUGGACUUGCCUGCUCGCUUCCCCGUUCCAGGCCCGGGGCCCGCCCCGGAGCCCCUCCCUCGGCUGCCCAGGAGGACGCACCCAGCUGGGUCUGGGCCGCAAGGGAGGAGACUGCACCCCACUGCCUCUGGGCCCCAGCUGCGGGCGGAGGCCACCUCGUGUGUAUUGAGUAACCGUGCCGUUGUCGUGUGACACCGUGAGUGCGUGUGUGGAGCCCCCAAUAAACCUGUGGUCCCCUCCUG